AGUGAGGGGAGGAGUGAAAAAAGUGCAGGCAAGCCGGACACUUCCUGAAUCUCGCUGUGUUGUGGACUGCAAACGUCAGCAAUGGAAGAGAUCGCGUUCGCGUUUUUUAUCGCAGACGAAGUGGAUGCAAUUGAAAUACCACUGUUUUUACACGAAGAUGGUUAUGAUGAGGAGAAUCACCGAAGGAAUGUCCCUACAAUUCCUCACUUUGUUGAGAAUGUGGUCCAUUUGUACAGUCCUUCUGAGUUUCAAAGUCAUUUCAGACUUUCUAGAGGGCAUGUGGAGGAUGUUAUAAAUACACUUGGUCCUUUCUACAUGAAUACACAGCAGACUAAGGUGCCGCUGACAAACAGUAUACUUGCCUCUCUAUGGACUCUUUCCAACCAAGAGUCCUAUAGAGGAGUGGCAGACAGAUUUAACAUAACCAAAUCUACAGUUUCAACACACCUGCAUGAUUUCUGUUCUCUUGUAAUAACGCAUUUGUCACAUUACAUCUCCUGGCCCAGAGGACAAGCCCUGCAUAUAUCCCAGUUAGAAUUCGAAACAGCUGGGUUUCCUAAAACUGUCUGUGCAGUCGAUGGAUGCCACAUUCCAAUGGUAAAACCACACUGUGAGAAUCCUGUGGCCUAUAUCAAUAGGAAACAGUUAUAUUCUGUUAUACUUACAGGAUUCUGUGACAGUCAGCGGCGGUUCUGUCAUGUCAGUGUGGGUCACCCUGGUAGCUGA